AUGUCCCCGUUAUUGAAGAAUUAUCAGAAGUGGAGAAUUGAAUGCCCAGAAAUAAGUGCAGAUUUACAGCCGUCUUCUGUUCUUGGUCUUUUGCGAGCUGGCUAUCAUGGAGUCCUGAGAUCAAGAGACCCACAUGGAAGCAAAGUUCUAAUAUACAGAAUUGGACAAUGGGAUCCCAAGUUAUUUACGGCAUACGAUGUGUUUCGUGUAAGUCUUAUCACAUCUGAACUCAUUGUAAAGGAGCUUGAGACUCAGCGGAAUGGAGUCAAGGCUAUCUUUGAUCUUCAAGGAUGGCGAUUUGCUCAUGCUUUUCAAAUCAGUCCAGCAGUGGCCAAGAAAAUUGCUGCUGUGCUCACAGAUUCCUUUCCACUAAAAGUUCGAGGUAUCCACUUGAUUAAUGAGCCUUUAUUCUUCCACCCAGUCUUCGCUCUAAUUAAGCCGUUUCUCACUGAAAAAAUAAAAGAACGGGUGUACAUGCAUGGAAAUAACUACAUGCAGACUCUGACCGAACACUUCCCAGUCGGCAUUCUCCCACAGGAAUAUGGGGGGGAGGAAGUCUCCAUUGAAGAACUGGCCAAGGAAUGGACUGACUUUAUAAUGGCAUCUGCGGAUUAUCUUCAGAGCAUUUCUCUGGUUGCCCAGGAAUAA